AUGGUAUUCGUAUAUGAGCAUGGCGUUUUUCUAAGUUAAUCUCCAGUACUCUUUUCACCCUAGUAAUUCACUAUUAAUAAUAGAUACUAUUUUUAAGAUUAGAAUUGCAAUCUUAUUUUUGUAAAUACACAAAGAGAAUUUAUUGACUAAUUAAAGGAGGACAAUGAGAUAGGACUAGACUUCUAUCUCGUGAAUUAGAGAUUUUUGGAUAUUCAAAUUAAUUAAAGUAUCUAGUGAAGAUUUGGAGUAAAGGGCUCAAGCUAAAAUACUUUGGAGGAUAUCUUAACUGGUUAAACUGGCCCUACUCUUUCCUUUAAGGCUUUGGAAAUAAUAAUCUUUAUAUAUAAUAAAUAAAUGGAAAUAGAAGUUCCCUAAUAAACAAAAAAAACAAUGAACUUGAUAAAUUAUCAUAUCUUUAAGUAAAACUUCUUAAAUCCAUGA